AUGGAUCAGGUGGUACGAAGUUUCUCGAGUGAUAUAGAAUACUCCUCGGAAUCAUUUAUCGCGACUCUAUUACAUGGAAAGCCACAGCAUAAACACUUGGAUGUGUUGACCGACCUUUUGACAAAAAGUUCUGAAAUCGAUGAGCAUGUCGCUUCAUCCAUCAGUGCCGCGUGGCACUGGAUAUGCCAGAAUGAUCUUUGGUCUACGAGGUAUGAGAGCCUCAGCGACUACCGGAAGGCUAUCGGAUAUAUGGAAACGGUACGACCGAUUGUACAGCGACAUAAGAAAUCGGAGCUAGCGAAACGAUCAAGUACCCAAACAAUAUGUCGGUACUGGAAAAUUCCCUUCGACAAGGCUCUUCCGAUUCAUACUCGCCCCUUAACUUGGAGCAAACAUUUGCUUUCGUUGACAGCCUGUUUGAGCAAGCACCUGAAUUAUUUGGACUCCCUAUCACUCCUUGAAGAGAGCAUGAAAAACAGACCAGAACGUGGACGAACUCGGAAUCGACUCAUGGCAAGUGAUGUUCAACGCGCAUUGGAAACUUUAGGAAUACCACAGACACGCUUGGCAGCACGGGAAUCAAGAAAUUCCCGAAUCUCCUCAAGCUCCGCUCAGAACAAAGGUACCGAUAGUUACGCUGAUGGUGACACUCCACCUUCCACUAUCCAUUCAGAAACAUCGUCCCUCCCGCUCGAACGCUCGCAAAGGCUGUUACCAUUCGCAGCCUCGCCUACACAAGGGCUACAAACCCACAAAGCCCCAAAUGAGUGGCAGUGCUGCGGAUGUAUUCCUAUAUGCUUGCCACUGAUUGCCCUGAUCACUACCCCUCAAGCGAGGUUGGAUACGAAGCUUCUGAUGGCAUUGAUGGACUGGGCCUACACAAUAUCAUGGGGUAGCUUUUGCUCCGAGCAUCUGAUGCGUCUAGCCCACUUUAUCCCCGGGGAGGAUCCACGUGACAGCACUAGGGCAGAAGUAAUUCACAAAUUGGAGGCUUUUCGUUCGCGUGGAAGCUACAGUUCUAUAGACGACCAUACUUAUACCCCUACCCCCAACCUUUGUUCAAAUAUGGGGCUGCUAUGUCGUUAUACUGGGUCUGCCGAUGCGUGGUGGCGUUGGCAAAGGGAUGGAUUUCUCCAUAUCCCGGGGUUCUUUUCCUACAUGGAAGAGUUUGGUGUGUUCGGGCGGGUUCGGAGGUACCUUGAUAGAAAGGGUACUAAUGAAGAUACAAAUUCGACAUUCAAUCGAAACGUCGUCCAUCAAUGCUCCAGGAUGAUAUCUCAAAUUGUACAACGGGAUCCAGCUUAUUAUGCUGUUCUAGUCGCAUGCAGACCGGACCAAAAUCGGAAACUCAUUCAUCGCCAACGACAGCAUCAACAAAGCACUGUUUCCCAAUGCGACGACGUAGGGUUCGGUGUUCCAAUCGAUAGUACUAGGUUACCGGCCCAAGGAGAAGGCACAAGCGACAUCCAUAGUACUAUCAUAUUCCCGACAUGUGAGACUACACAGAAGAUCGGACUAGUCCCAGUAUCCUAUCCGCAAUUCAACACAUGGCCACAAAGCCCGUUAGAACCGACAUAUGGAGACAGAUGCAAAGCAUUUGAAGCACAGGAGAUUGUGGUACAGCCAGGUGAUUUGGUUAUGUGCCGUCCGCAAAUUAUCCGGUGGCCAACGACCCUUUUCACCUCAAACUUUCUUAACCUGUCACAGAUUGGAUUGGACAACAGAUUCCCUACACCCCUCAAACAACCCAGUGAGAGUUACGAUACGGUUUGUUCUGACAAGGUCUGGGAGCAGCCAGAACCGCAGGUUCACGAUACCAAAGGAAUAGCACACGAAUACCAUACCGCGAAAUCGAGACUUACUGAGGACAGCUGGUGUAAUGCCUCCAGCUCGAUAGGCCAAGCAUUGACAGGUCGUCUGGAUUGGGGUGCUGACAGAGUGAGAGAAGAAAUGAACUACAUUCUGGGUUCUCAUGGAGCGACAGCAGUCGAAUUUGCCGCGAAGUCACGAGCGCAGUUGGCUAAGCAUUUUCACAACCUUUGUGAUUCAAUUGAGAGAGGCGAAGUCCUGAACUCUGAUUGCGGGAUGAGCAGGUGUGAGGAACGAGACGUCUCACCAGACCUUUCCCAAGGUCAAAAUGAAUACAUUGAGACACCGGAAUCCCUCGCCGAUUCUUUAACGUCAACCUCACCUACGUGGAACAACCCUUCUCUAGAUGAUAUGGUAGCAGACUUGAACCAAACUUUUUCUCAGCAGCCUAUGUCUUUCGAUUUACCUUGA